AUGUACGUCGACUACACCGACCUGAACAAAGCUUGCCCUAAAGACGCCUACCCCCUACCAAGCAUUGACAGGUUGGUCGAUGGAGCAUCCGGUCACGCCCUUCUUAACUUUUUGGAUGCAUACUUUGGAUACAAUCAGAUCAUGUUGUACCAACCGAACGAGAAGCACACGGCUUUCAUCACCGAUCACGCCAACUUCUGCUACCAUGUGAUGUCUUUCGGCCUCAAAAACGCGGGAGCUACUUAUCAAAGGCUGAUAGACAAGGUCUUCCACCAGCAGAUCGGACAAAAUAUGGAAGUCUACGUAGACGACAUGGUCUUGAAAACCACAUCGACCGACGCCCAUGUUGCUGACCUAGCCGAGGUGUUCAACCAGAUACAAAAACACAACAUGCACCUAAACCCCGAGAAGUGCAUCUUCAGAGUCCAGAGAGUCAACAAAAGUGAAAUUAGCGUGGUGAUGUUACAAGAGCGUGACAAGAAUCAAACUCCUAUAUACUACAUUAGCCGAGUUCUCCAAGACACAAAGAAGAGGUACCAAACGAUUGAGAAGUUGGCCUUUGCAUUGGUCACCUCUGCCCGACGUCUUCGUCCCUAUUUCCGAAGUCACCAAGUCGUGGUAAAAACGGAUUACCCAAUAAAACAAAUACUGAGAAAGCCAGAACUCGCAGGGUGCAUGAUUGCGUGGUCAGUAGAACUAUCCGAGUUUGGAAUCCGAUAUGAAAAUCGAGGCCCUUUGAAAGCCCAAUGCCUAGCAAAUUUUGUGGCCAAGCUCACCCCAAUCUUAGCAAAAGAAGAGCAGGUAUGGGCUUUAUAUGUUGAUGGAUCUUCCAACACUAAAGGUGGUGGUGCAGGUAUCAUUUUAGAAGGGCCCAACAACGUCACCAUAGAACAAUCUCUAAAAUUCAGGUUCAGGAUCACCAACAAUCAAGCAGAAUACGAAGCACUACUAGCAGGAUUGAGGCUGGCCCGAGACAUCGGAGCACAAAGGGUGAGUUGCAACAGCGACUCAAAACUCAUGGUAGAACAACUCAACGGGACCUACCAGACAAAGGAUGCCCUACUAUAG